CCGGCGCGGCACGCGGGCCGCGCCAUGGCCGCCGACGGCGGCGGCGGGCGGGAGCUGCUCGCCCUCAUCCACCAGCACCUGCUCCGCGGCGGCUUCGCGCGGGCCGCCCGGGAGCUGCAGGCGCAGAGCGGGCAGAAAUUGCUCCCUUCCCUCUCGACCUCUCUCGAGGACAUCUUUACCCACUGGGAAAAAACUCCACCAAAUUGCAAGAGAAGAAAUGUGAGUGAUGAGGAGGCAGCAAUCCCAGAAAAGAUCAGAGUUCCUGAUCCCGUGAGCAGCUCUGAGAGCUCAGAGAAGGAAGAGGAUGAGAAAGAGAAGGCAAAAGCUUCAAAUGCAGCCAGCCUUUCUCUGGCCACGAACUCGGUAGUGAAUAUAGAAAGCAGUGAGGAAGAUGAGUCCUCGUCAGAAGAGGAGGAUCUGGCUGGGAAAGGUGCAGUGACGGUGACAGCAGCUGUGGUGGGUGGCAAAGCUUCCAACUCCCUGCAUUCUCCUCCCAAGCCCACUGCCCCAGCGGGCAGAGCAGAGGGGCUCUCUGCUGCUGACAGAACUGUGCUUUCUAACAAGCAGCAGCCCAAUGCUCUGGCUGCAGCUCCAGCCCCAGGCAAGGACCAGAAACUGCCUGGUCCUGGGAAGCCUGGACAUGCCACAGCAGCUGUGGUCAAAGCAGGACAAAGCAAAGCACCAGUAACGACCAAAGCUCCAGAAAGUUCCAGCAGCAGCAGCAGCUCCUCGUCCGAGAGCGAGGAGGAAGAGGAGACGCCAGCUGUGAAGGCCCCAGCUCCCAGAGCAGAGCCGGCAGCUGGGGCUGAGAGCAGCAGUGAGGAAUCAAGUGAGGACACAUCCUCUGAGGAAGAGCUGGUGAUUCCACCCAUCCAGGCCAAGCCAGCUGUGAAAACAGUGCGGGCUAGUGCAGCACCUGUGAAAAGUGUAGCUGCUGCUCCAGGGUCCCUGAAGAAGAAUGCAGUGAAGCAAACAGGACAGGCAGCAAGCCAGGCCAAAUCUGCAUCCCCAGCAGCUCCUGGGGCUGCACAGCCCAGUGACACAUCAGAGAGCAGCAGCUCCUCAGACAGUGAAGAUGAAGAACGUCCAUUGGUAACCCAGACAAAGUCACCUUCAAAAUCCUCGCAGGCCGUCCCAUCCCCAGUGAAACCUACACCAGCAGCAUCACUCUCUGUCAAAGCAGCUCCAGCAAAAACACUUCCACUGUCCCAAGGGAAAGCAGCACCAAAACCAGCAGUGCCGAAGCAGGGUAAAACCUCACUGGGAAGGACUGCUGCUCCCACAAAGCCUGCUGAAAGUAUAAAGCCAGUGGAGAGCUCUGCCUCGUCAGCCAGUGAAGAGGAGGACCUCCCUGUGCCCAUCAGCCAGAAGAGGUUAUCAGACCAGCCCAGGCCUAUUCCCAACCUGAGCCAGGCUGCUAAAGCUGGGCAGCCUGAAAAAGCAGUGGUCAGCACCUUGAAAAGCCAGGUUUCAGAAAGUGGGAGCAGUGACUCCUCUGACAGUGAAGAGGAGUCUCCUGCAGCACAGACACAGCCUCCACCAGCUGUGAAAACCAAUUCUGUGCCCCAACCAACAAACGUGAAAAAGGCACCAACUUUGGCCCCGGCCACAGCCCCUCCAGCUGUGCACAGCAGUGAUGAUUCCAGUGAGGAGUCAGAUUCAGAGGAUGAAAUAGUCCCCCCUUCCCAGAGUCUGUCCCAGCAGAACGUCAAAGUAACUGCAGUUCCGAGCAUGGUGGCUGCAAAGGCAAAUGCCAGCCUGCCUUCAGGGAAGAGGACAAAAACUCCUGCUGUCCCUGCAGUGAGCAGAGUGUCUGAGAGCUCGAGCACUGAUGCCUCAGAGCACAACACGCUGGCAGGAAAGGUCCCUGCUGCUUCCAGCCAAAAGCAAACGGUUCCUGUGGGGAAAGCUCCUCCUGCCAACAGUGCCACCCCAGGAAGUUCCACUGCCAAGGCAAGGAAACCAGUCCUGCAGCCAGGACAGGACACCCACCCGAGCCUGGCCGUGCCACCCGCUCAUGCAGAGGACACCUCAGACAGCAGCAGUUCCUCCGACAGUGACGAGGAGGAGGCACCCAAGGAGCCUUCCAAACCUGCAGGCUCCCUACGGAAACCAGGAGGGCCCCAGCCAGCCCACAGCUCCUCCUCAGAGUCCAGUGAGGAGGAGGAGGAUGCAGCAUCACAGUCCCUCCUCGCAGGCUACCCAGUCCUCUCCAGGACCCCAGUAACACCCCAGGCACCAAAGACGGUUCCCCCCCAGCCUGGAGGUGAGGUGGGGCUAGGGAAGGCAGCUGUGAGUGCUGCAGACUCCUUCGCCAAGGGCUCCCUGAAAGCAGCCGUGGCCAACAGCUCAAGCAGUGACAGCAGUGACUCUGACACAGAUGACAACCAGGUGGCUGCAAACCACAAAGCAGAAAACAACCCCUCUUCAGGACAGGAAGCUACAGAAGCCUCCAACAAAGAGAAGGUAGCAGGAAAAACAGAGCCUGGUCAUGCCAGCCUCAAAGCUUCCUCACUGAAGAAAACCCUGGCAAUGAAAGAGAACAAUGUUGGGGCAACAGGGGUGCAAGUGACACCAGCAUCAUCACAUGCCCUGCUCUCCGUCCCACAGUCACAGCAGCCAAGCUCAGGGAGUGAAACUGAGGUCACCACUGCUGCCAAAGUCCCUGCAGUGCAGACAGUAGAGGGCUUGGAAGUGAAGAAGAAGAAGAAAAAGGAGAAAAAAGAAAAGGAGAAAAAGGAGAAAAAAGAAAAGGAGAAAAAGAAACCAUCCUCCACAGCAGACAAGGCUGUGAAAACAUCCAAGAGCAAAGACAAAGAGAACAAGAAGCAGAAAACGUCUCAGAAGCGGAAGCUGACGGGAGAGGAUGGGGCUGUGGGGCAGUCCAAGGAGAAGAAACGGAAAGGGCAAGCUAAUGAAGAAGUGCCCAAAAAGAAAAAGAAGAAAGUGGAUGGUGACCUCGAGAAGGUGGCAGGCAGCAAGGAAAAGAAAAAAGCAGCUAAAAAAAAGAAGACUGGAAAAGAAAAGAAGAGCAAAAAAGCAUCUUUGGAAGGGGCGCCUGUAGCAGAUGGCUCUGCUGAGGUUCACAAGAAGAAGAAGAAGAAGAAGAAAGGAGCUGAGCCUGAAGGAUUGUGAGAAGGUACAUGGCCUGUGGGGACGGGCCAUUGGUACCCUGAGCGGCGUAACCUUGGCCACAUUCAGAACUCCUGGGCCAGUUUUGGGAAGACAGUGUGCCCUCUGAGAGCUCCCUGAGCCAGCCUGGCCUUGGAUCAGAGGGCCAGGGAGUGGAGCAGUGUGAGGAAUGUCGUGCAGCCACGUGCUGGCUUCUCUGGAUGUGUCUGACCUCAACUCUUUAGCUGCUGAGAUGUCCAGCCUGGGCGUUGCUGACCUCUGUCACCAGCAGAGAUGAGUGGCCUCUGGCAGUGUCUGUCUGUCCCUGCUGACCCCAGGGAGCUUGGAAAAGUGAUGGGGAUUAGAUGGUGAUGUUGUAGCCACCUGCAAGUGGACCAGAUGCCUUUGCCCAUGCUCUGCUCAGCUGUAAGGCUGCUCUCCUCCUCCCCAUCCCUAACUUUUAAUUCCUCUCCCCAAAGGUACCGCAUUCCUGUGAUUAAAGAUUUAUGGGUGAAGAUCAAACAGAAGAGAGGAAAAGGAAGCUCACGUGGAGAAUUCCAACAUUUUUUUAAAUAAUAAUUUAUAAUUUCUUUUAACUGUGACUUUUAGAACAGAGUUGUGUAACUUUCUGCCUCCUCCUGCCCUGCUGAGGCCCAGAGAUGUGUUUAUAGUCCCUCCAAAUGGAAUGGAAGUGGAGGAGGCAGUUUGACCAGAGCAGAGCAUAAACUGCUUUUCCCCUUGUUGACACCCAGCCAUCCCUUUCUCUUACCACAGAGCUAUAUUUUUGAGAAAAACUUUUUACCUUUUUUCCCCUCCUCCUGUGACUUGUGGUGUCAGUCCUUUUGCUACUACAAAGAAAGCUCUCGGGUUUCCUUUUUAUUCUAACACUGACAGCGGUGAUUAUCAUGUCCCUGGAGUUGCACUGAACAGUUGUGUCCAGCAGCUGUUCUCAGCCAAGGCAGAGUCAGUUUUUGUGUUGUUUUUUUUUAUGAAAUACAAAAUAAAAAACAACAAACAGAUUUUUCUUCAGCUGCUUUCACGGGAGGCCAAGGCUGGCUGGCUCUCCAGGAGGAUGUUAUGGGUGGGAGAGCAGAGCCCAGGGUCUGCCUGUCUGGGGCAGGGGGACCCCAGGGUCCCAAUGAAAUCAAACAAGGGAUGGGCCAGGAAUGGAGCAAGGAACACAGCCAGUCCUGGGUGGAGAUACAGCUGUCCAAGUGCCUGCAGAGAUUUUUUUUUUAAUCUCUUUUUUGUUAAGUUUCAUUUCUUUAUAACCUCAGACAGCUGCAAAAAGCACACAAAGAAGCUGGAGUUGCUUACAAGGUUUGGUUAUUCAAAAGUUUAUUUGAGAUUAUUAGCUUGUGAGAUCAUUUGUAAAGGAACAAUCAGAUAUAUUCAGGAAAACUAGAAGCCCCUCUGCCUAUGGUUACCCACUGCUGAGGCUGUA